AUCGAAGUCCUUUGUCGUUGUUUAAAGCUGUCCAACGGUCGCGCCUCGGCAGCAGCCCGCGGAUGGCUCCAUGACGGGGAAGAUAAAUGCAAUACUCGUGCAAGAACACGCUUGUUUGCAGCUGUCAACCUUUUUCUUGCAAAGAGAUCAUUCAUCCAGAUCUCGGCGCAACCAGGCAGUUGUCAAGCUACAACUCAUCCUCAUCACUCAUCAUUCAUCUUACAAUAAACAAGAGGAACAAGGUGUCCUUUAUUUUUAACUGACAUGUGUCGCCAUAUUGGGAAAAAGCGAUCCCAGAGAUCAGAUCAGAUUAGAUCACUUGGGGAUCAGCAUUGGCUCCGAUCCUAUUUCUGCUUGUUCCUGCUUGUUCCUGCUCCUAUUCCUGUUCCUGUUCUACUUCUUGUCUCUGGCAGCUUUGGCAGCAUCCUAUUGGACCUUUUCUUUGACAGCGGCAGCAGCCUUAAAGUGAUACUGUCAGCCAUGGUGCCUCCUUUGGUGUUGUGUCGUGCUUAUCAUCGACUCGUACGGCCAGAGCGGUCGAGAAAAGCGAAAAAAAAGUAAAUCCGCUUGCGAAUGUAGAGCUCCUCAGCGGUCAGCAAGGGAGUUCGAGCAAUGGCUAUCCAUGGUUAAAAGACUAUGUUGUAGAGAUGGGUUGAUAAUAAGGUGAAUAAAGAAUAGUGGAUUAUAUAUAGUU